GCCAGGAUUCAGUAGCUGUAAUCUGUACGAUAUGCACCCAAUCUGGCCCCAUGAUCACACUGUGCGCAGCAAUACUGAGUAAAUGAGCCCAGAGAGUGAGACUACGUCAGAAUGCCAUGGCUCGCGUUAAUUGUGCUCCAUGCAAGCGAGAUCUGGCAUCGGGCGUCUGCUGUUUCGAGAAAUGCAGGGAGAAAAAGGGAUGAACGCUCACCACCUCCCACUGCCAAGGACUCGAUUUUGUUUGCCCACAGAAAAGAGACACACAAACUUCGCAUUCCCCUGCUGAAACACCAGCGCACAUCAGAAACAAGGGAGACACACCACACGUCCUGCAGGGUGCAGAGGCAGCACAGGCUCCGUAUCACUGGGCAACAUAAGCAGACAGGUACACAGCAUCCAAGUCUGGUCCGUGGGCCUGCUUGACUGCUCAUUGGGCAUACACCGCCCAUUCGCGUUCUGGAUACACCUUCUUUAGUCGCGAUUGACUCUCUUUUCCCCGGUCUGCCAUCUGUGCAAGACCU